GUGUGUGUGUGUGUGUCCACACUCAAGUAUGUGCUCUUCAGUAGAUUGGAAGGAUUAGGUCAGUGGCAGAGUUUCAGUGUUCAUUUAAGCAACCGAGAUAAGGACUGCUCUGUGAAGAUUCAAUAUUCAGAAAUGUGAUUUCUUAGACACUGAGUCCAGAAGGGACAAACAGAGGUUAAGAGGGGGAAACAAGUUUCCUUUUGUUUUGUUUUUAAUGUCCAAUUUUGAGAAGGAGCAGAGAGUGCAGCAUCAUGAGAAGGAGAUUUCCCGAAGCCGAAUUCCCCGUCUGAUUCUGCGGCCCCAUCUGCCCCAGCAACAGCACAAAGUGUCCCCAGCCUCUGAGUCUCCCUUCUCUGAGGAAGAGAGCAGAGAGUUCAAUGCCAGCAGCUCUGGGCGCUCGGCGAGGACCAUAAGCAGCAACAGCUUCUGCUCAGAUGACACAGGCUGUCCUAGCAGCCAGUCCGUGUCUCCCGUGAAGACGCCUUCAGAUACUGGAAAUAGCCCUAUUGGUUUUUGCCCUGGAAGUGAUGAAGACUUUUCCAGAAAGAAAUGCACAGUUGGAAUGGUUGGUGAAGGAAGCAUCCAGUCAUCUCGAUAUAAAAAGGAACCAAAGUCAGGCCUUGUAAAGCCAGGUAGUGAAGCGGAUUUUAGCUCCUCCAGCAGCACGGGCAGCAUUUCCGCUCCUGAGGUCCAUAUGUCUGCCCCGGGAAGCAAGCGGUCCUCUUUUUCACGCAACCGAGGGCCCCAUGGGCGGAGUAAUGGAGCUUCAUCAUACAAGUCUGGCAACAGCCCGCCCUCCCCACGGGAGAAGGACUUUCUGUCCAUGCUGUGCAGGAAUCAGCUGAGUCCCGUUAACAUCCAUCCCAGUUACGCGCCUUCCUCCCCAAGUAGUAGCAACUCGGGCUCCUACAAAGGAAGCGACGGCAGCCCAGUCAUGAGGCGCUCUGGAAGGUACAUGUCCUGUGGUGAAAAUCACGGUGUCAAGCCCCCAAACCCAGAGCAGUAUUUGACACCUCUGCAGCAGAAAGAGGUCACCGUGAGGCACCUGAAGACCAAGCUGAAGGAAUCAGAGCGGCGGCUUCAUGAAAGGGAAAGCGAGAUCGUGGAGCUCAAGUCGCAGCUGGCCCGCAUGAGGGAAGACUGGAUCGAGGAAGAGUGCCACCGCGUGGAGGCCCAGCUGGCCCUGAAGGAAGCCAGGAAAGAGAUCAAACAGCUCAGGCAGGUCAUCGAAACGAUGCGGAGCAGCUUGGCUGAUAAAGAUAAAGGCAUCCAGAAAUACUUCGUGGACAUAAACAUCCAGAACAAGAAGUUGGAGUCUCUGCUUCAGAGCAUGGAGAUGGCGCACAGCGGCUCUCUGAGGGACGAGCUGUGUCUGGACUUCCCCUGCGAUUCCCCGGAGAAGAGCUUGCCCCUCGGCACCCCUUUUGGCAAGAUGGCGGAUGGGCUGGCUCUGGAAGAGCAGGUCGUGGAGGAAGGGGCUGACCGCGAGCUGCUGGUGGGAGGUGGCAGGGCCGAUGGCACAGAUCUGUUUGAUGGGAUGGUGACAGCCGCCACCGGCGAGGCCCCCGACCUGGAGCUUCUUCGCUCCCCGCGUGGUGCCGAGGCCCUGGAGCUGCUCCCCCUGGCGGGGGGUCAGGAGGAGGGCGGCGUGCUGGUGGAGCAGGCCGUGCAGACUGACGUGGUGCCCUACAGCCCCGCGGUCUCCGAGCUCAUUCAGCAUGUGCUCAAGCUCCAGGACCCCUGCCCCUCCAGCCCGGCGUCUCCCGAUGAGUCCGGGGCUGACUCGACCGAGAGCUUCCCGGAGUCCUUCUUGGCAUGCCUGGUUGAUCUGACGCCAAGAAAUCCCAACUCCGCCAUCCUUUUGUCUCCCGUGGAGACCCCAUCCGCCGCGGGGGGUCCGGCGGCCCCUGCAAACCGCCUCAUGAGAGAGCUGGAUUUUGCAGGCUCCGUGGAGGAGAGACUGGACGUCGUCGUCCCACUGCCGCGGGGGGCCGCCGGGAGGCAGUACUGGAGCAGCAGCUUCCUGGUGGAUCUCCUGGCCGUGGCCGCCCCCGUGGUCCCCACGGUUCUGUGGGCAUUCAGUACUCAGAGAGGGGGGACAGAUCCCGUCUACAACAUCGGGGCGCUGCUACGGGGCUGCUGCGUGGUCGCCCUGCAUUCGCUCCGCCGCACCGCCUUUCACAUCAAAACCUGAAGAGAAGUUGUCACCGUGUCCCAGUCUGUCCCGUGUCCCGUGCUGCCCUGGGGUGGGGGGGGAGGGGAGGAUGGGGGGAGACAGCGGGUCAACCUGUGGCGGUCUGUGCUCUGUCGUUUUGCUCCUCGGUAUUUGAUUUGCACUAUAUUUAGUUGACACCUGUUCGCUGUCUAAAACGAGAGGUAUCUUCAAAGGCAUGGAGACGUGGUUCAAGUUCAAUGUCCCACCAGGGGUAGAGAAAGCAUGCUCCUGACCCUGCCGUGUCGUCCGAGGUACCUGUGCUUCUCCUAGUGGUUCAGGAAGAGAAAAUGCAGAGUUUGCACUUUCAAGACAGCUUCUGUAAGGCCGGCAUGUUCGCUCCUUGCUUCGCUUUGUGCCAUUUAAAAAAUGUGUAAUUGUUACAGCAUUCCAGUGGUCUUGUGCACAGCAGGGGACUGUAACCAAAAAUAAAACUGUACUCGUGUAAUUGGUUUGAA